UGGGAGUCCAGCCACUAUGCCACAUGCUGACCCCAAAGAUGAUCUUUUAAAUAAAUGGUUCUAGCUCUCUGGGCUCGGACCUAGUUGGCGGCGCUAUGGCUAAACGCACCAAGAAGAUUGGCAUCGUCGGUAAAUAUGGGACUCGCUAUGGUGCCUUCCUCCGGAAAAUGGUGAAGAAAAUUGAAAUCAGCCAGCACACCAAGUACAACUGCUCCUUCUGUGGCAAAGCUGAGAUGAAGAGACGGGCUGUGGGGAUCUGGCACUGUGGUUCCUGCAUGAAAAUGGUAGCUGGUGGUGACUUGACCUACACCACCACUUCGGCUGUCACAGUGAAGCCUGCCAUCAGAAGGAAUUGAAAGACCAGC